AUGCCACCGCGAAAAGGCCAGGCCCGCAACUCGCAAAGUUCCACUGGGCGUAUUCGGGGGCGUCGCAGUCUGCCGGCCGCGUCCCCAGCCGCACCUGCGAGACGUGAAACAGAAUGGGACCGCACUGUUGCCAGGAUAGCCGCCGAGCCAAUGGAAGCUCAGGUCCGGAGAUACAAAGAAUGGAAACGAAAUGGGUCGCGCCAUGACACGACUUGUCGCGUUUGCCUGGACACUGGCAAUAGCGCCACCAGUCCUUAUCCGCUCAUCGGCUGCCAUGCUUGCGCGGUAGCCUUUCACUUCCCCUGCGUGCCAAAAGGUAUCGACUGGGCUGCCGAUGGCGAUCUCUACUGUCCGAUAUGCAUCGAGCGGAAAUGGAAUAAGUCUCCUCCUGAGCUCACGCCGCCUGCUUCUCCUGUCCUGGCGCCCGCUGAGCCGCCCAAGGAUGCAUCAGCAUCUGAACCCGCCCUGGCCGCUUCAGCUACCACUUCAACUGCGAUAUCAGUGUCCAACCCGCCGAAGGACCCUGAACCAGAGCCGCUGUCUUCAAUUCCCCAGGCCCCGCAAGAGGCUCGUACGAACCCGUUGCCGAGCCCGUCAGAUCGAAAACUACACUCACCAGCCGUCCCUACACGCCCUGCAAGUCUCCAGCAAAAUGUUCCGGAUUCUGAAGGGCCACACCCCAAACGCCAACGCACCUCCCGAUUCACCACCCUAUCCAGCGAAGUCGACACCUCUCUCGCCGUGCUCUACCGGGAGCUGGAAUCAGUCGCGACGCUCAAAAUGCACAUUGAAGAACUGCAGCAGCGAGACCGCCAGAAUACGCAAAUGAUCAAGCUGCGCGACAACAGCAUUGCGAUCCUGCGGCGGGAUCUGGAACGGCGCCAGGCGGAGAAUCUGGAGCUCACUCGGAGGAUCGAGAAUAUCGAGGAGUAUGACGAGGUGAAGAAGCAGGUGGAUGAAUUAAAGAAGCGGAAUGAGGCGCUUGAGGCGGAGCUGCGUAAGUCCAGGGAGGAAACGGCGACGGCGCAGGAGCUUGUGGAGAGUUGGAAGGGGAAGCUUGCGCAGUUGCUCAACACUUGA